AUGCAUAAGAACUACCUUGACACCCUGGCCCAGAACAAGAGCAAAAAUAAGGACGAAGAGGAAGAGGAUGAGGAUUCAGAAUCAGAGGGGAGAACUCUCGCUUCGGGCACCAAGAGAAAAGCACCGGGGGUUCAGGGGACUAAGAAAGCCAAGAAGCACCAGCUAGGGUCGGCCCAGUCGCUCAAGUAUCGACUGAAGAUCAGGUGUCGGGAUACGGGCGAGGGUGAGAUUCAGAGUGAGACCGAGGGCGGCACCCUGGAAUUUGCCGAUGAGAAACUGGCCAGCUUUGAGGGAGAAGCGGGUUUACCUUGCUGGGGUCACAGAUUCUCGUUCUCUGCACGCAAAGUCUCCGAUGUCCCUGCUCCGUCGGACAAGAAUUGGGGUUAUUACUCGGAGAGACGACACCAGUAUGAGUGGGCUACAAGAUGGCGCUAG